AUGAUUAGUAAAUUAUUCAGUGUACCUGAAUAUCGUGUGCUAACUAUGGGUCUCGAUGCAUCAGGAAAAACAACAAUUCUUUAUAAAUUAAAACUCAAUGAAACUAUUCAAACAAUUCCAACCAUUGGUUUCAAUGUAGAAGUAGUAAAGUUUAAUCAUACUUCUUUAACUAUUUGGGAUGUGGGUGGACGUGAUAAAAUUCGCCCUUUGUUAAGACACUAUUUUGAAAAUACACAAGCUGUUAUUUUUGUGAUUGACUCAAAUGACAAAGAUCGAUUACCAGAAACAACAGAAGAGUUGUGGCGUGUAUUAGAGGCCGACGAAUUAAGAAACUUACCUAUAUUAAUCUACUUAAAUAAAAUAGAUUUACCUAAUGCAAUGAAAUCGAACUAUAUUACUCAAGAAAUGAAACUGAAUAAUAUUAGAAAUAGGCAAUGGUAUUUGCAACCAUGUUGUGCUUGUACGGGUGAUGGUUUGUACGAAGGUUUAAGUUGGUUAAUAAGUGCGUUGAAAUCGCCACAUACUUCGGAAUCUACAUAUACAACUAUGAAAUCAACUGCUUCGACAAAAACAAUUGAGAACGAUCGUCAUGUAGAUAAGUCAUUAGAAUGGUUGACUCAAAUAGAUGAUGACACAAAUGAAGACUUUCUCGAGAAAUUCGAAAAACAUCAACUUCCUGUUGAGACAUUUGAUCAUCGAACAUUGUUGAGAACAAUAUGGGUUUAUUUAACAAUAUAUGGUAGACAAAAAACAGUUAAAGUAGUAUUUGAUCAUCUCAAGAUUUAUAUUAGAGAUAUGAAUGAAACAUUGAUUUAUUUUUGGAUUCAAAUUUUACAUUAUGCAUUCGAAGCAACAAAAAAUCCAACAAAUGAUUUUACAGGUUUCCUAUUAAUGAAUCCUCAAUUACUCAACGAAACUGAUCUACCAUUGAGUUAUUAUAAAAAAGAUACAUUAUUUAGUAAUCAAGCAAAAACAACUGUUGUUCUGCCAGAUAUAAAACCAUUGCCAAAUAUUUUACCAGGAUCAUCUGCUUCUGAUAUCAAUAAAAUGAAGAACAAAAAUGACUCGACAUUUGAAUCAUUCAUUGAUGAAUUAGACGAUGACGAAUUUCAAAAACAAUUUGAAUCAUAUACAUUAAAAGGUUGGUCUCAUAAAACUCACUUACGUAUUACAUGGCUUUAUUUGACACAUGAUGGACGCCGUGUAGCAGUCAACAAAAUAUUUAAUGGUAUCAAAAAUUUCAUUCAAAAUAGUCCAAUUACACAAAAGACAACAUUUCACUUUACAAUGACAUAUUUCUGGAUUCAAAUGAUUGAUCUAGCUAUUGCACAAAGUCCGAAACAGAUCAAUUUCGAAGAAUUUCUUCGUUUAAAUCCUCAUUUACUCAACGAAAAUUUAUUUCUUGAAUAUUACAAAAAGGAAACAGUCUUGAAUAAUCCCAUUGCUAAACAAGAAAUGGUAUUGCCGGACAUCAAACCGUUACCAACCUUUGUUACAGUCAACAACAACAACAACAACAAAAAGUAA